AUGCUAUGGUUGUGGUUCGUGGGAAUGGAACAUGGUGAUUCGGGGUCAGAAGAUGAGGGACAUUUGCCGUUGUUUAACACAACGAAAACGGCGGGAGCGGAGGGCAUAGAGCUGCGAACCCUACAACCCACACAGAACAUCUACUCCCGCAAUCACUCCCACUACCGGGAGCAACACUCACCACCACCACCACCACAGCGACCACCGCCACAACCGCCACCACCGCCACAACCACACACACACUCCCUCACCGCCACCUCCAAAAACGCCGAAAUGCAGAAGCGGGGACCAGACGAGACGGAGCGCAGCUCCCACCAGCGGCCCGCGCUGCCCUCCCUCGAGCCGAUCCAGUGGAACAAGAACUAUCUCCUUGCCCUCGGCGCGACCACCGUGCCGUUCACGCCUCCCAUACUCCCUCUUUCCACCGACCUCCUCAGCACGCUCACCGCUACUCUCUCAACUCCCGCGCCCCCCACCCUCUCCGGCGUAGCCUACUACACCACCGCGCUUUCCACCGCCCCGAACAGCCACCAGCGGCACCAGCUAUGCAGCGCGCUGGUCGCGCAGCUGCUACUGUCGCAGACGUCGCACUACGCAGCGACGCCGCCGGCGCUAGAGCUGCGGUACAAGCACGCCAUUGCCCGCUGGUCGCCGCGCGGACAUGUCGGCACAGACCUGUGGCAUGUUGCGCCGCGACGGCGCACGAAAGAUUAUGCAGAGGAGGCGGCGAUGGCGAUAAGUAUCGCCCAGGAGUGCUUAAGGGAGGGGGAGAGGGUGUGGACUGGCUGGUUGGUUAGUGUUAGGGCGGCGUGGGGUGUGGUGAUCAUGGCGACGGUCGAGAGGGAGUUGUUGGUUGAGCUGAGGGAUGGCGAGGUGCUGCGGAGGGGGGAUAGGGUGACGAAGCGGGGGGGAAUCAGGUUGGAGGUUGCAAUGGAGUGUAGGAUGGGCGAUCCGGAGCAAAGGGUGUUGUUUGCGGGAAUGUUGGCGGGCGUGGUGAAGGACGUGGAAAGGUCCAUGAGGGGUAGGUGGGCAGUUGGGAGUUGGGAUCGCGAGGAGGAGGAUGAGGAGGAGGAGGAGGAGUAG